CUCUCUCUCUCUCUCUCUCUCUCUCUCUCUGUGUCCCUCUCUCAGAUAGGCAGCGCAGACGUGGGCAGAGUGUGGGGGUAUAGGAAGAGGAGAGAGCGAGAGGGUAGGUAGUAGUGUGUGUGAGGCUGUCAGACAGCAUGGUCUGGGUCUGAGGACAGCACUGGAAGACGCAGCAGCAGCCUCCAGAUCUCCAUGUAGACCAGUGUGGUGACAUCCAUAGAUCACCUGGACCUGUCCACCCAUCAGCACCCACCCAGGACAACACCUGCCUCUUACAGAGAAGCAAGAGGAGGAGAAGAAGGAGGACGAGGGGGGUGGGUCUGUUUAUCUUCUUUUUUUUUCUCAGUUUUUUUGGUUUUGGGAGUAGGCUCCGGGCUGGACCGCAUGCAUGACACAGCGCAAAGGCGAGAAACCCACCAUCAGCAUCCAGGAGCACAUGGCCAUUGACGUGUGCCCUGGCCCCAUCCAGCCCAUCAAGCAGAUCUCCGACUACUUCCCCCGUUACCCGCGGGGCCUCCCCCCUGCUGCGCCCCACCAAGUGGGCCACGCCGGGCCCCUGAGCCCUGCCCUCUCCACCACCUCGGCCACCGCCGCUGUCGAAAGUGACCGCCCAAAUGAGGAUAAACCAGAACGGGCUUGUGCCGGAGCCGCCGCCUCCUUACUGGCCACCAAGAGGGACGAGGAGCCUGACGUGGAAGGAUACGACUCAGAUGACUCCACUACAUUGGGGACCUUGGAAUUCAGUUUGCAGUAUGACCAGGAGAACAAUGCACUUCAUUGCACCAUUAACAAAGCCAAGCUUCCUGUCCCCAGAUACAAGAAGGGGCUCAAGCCGAUGGACCAUAAUGGGCUUUCUGACCCCUAUGUCAAGUUGCACCUACUGCCCGGAGCCAGCAAGGCCAAUAAACUUAGAACCAAGACCCUGCACAACACUCUCAACCCUGUCUGGAGCGAGACCUUGACCUACUACGGCAUCACUGACGAGGAUAUGGUCCGCAAAACACUCAGGAUUUCAGUGUGUGAUGAGGACAAAUUCCGCCACAACGAAUUCAUCGGAGAAACACGAAUCCCCCUCAAGAAGCUGAAGCCCAACCAAAUCAAAAACUUCAACAACUGCCUGGAGAAACAGCUACCUGUCAACAAGACGGAAGACAAGUCCCUGGAGGAACGAGGGCGCAUCAUGAUUUCUCUUAAGUACAACACCCAGAAGUCUUGCCUGGUAGUAGGCAUCAUACGCUGCGCUCACCUCGCCGCCAUGGACGCCAACGGCUUCUCCGACCCCUACGUCAAAACGUACCUGAAGCCUGACGAGAACAAAAAGUCAAAGCACAAGACUGCUGUGAAGAAGAAGACCCUCAAUCCCGAGUUCAACGAGGAGUUCUGUUACGACAUAAAAUAUGCAGACCUCACCAAAAAGACCUUGGAGGUGACAGUGUGGGACUACGACAUUGGAAAGUCCAACGAUUUCAUAGGUGGUGUAUCUCUGGGUAUCAAUGCAAACGGAGAGAGGCUCAAACACUGGUUUGACUGCCUUAAAAACAAGGACAAGAAAAUUGAGCGCUGGCACACGUUGACCAAUGAAUUACCUGGUUCAUUAAAUGACUGAAGACCCAAAUCCUGUCGUCCAACCUGUUGGCCCCCGUCCCCCCCUCCUGCCUUCAUUUUCCUUACUCCUCCUCCCAACUUCUUUUUCCUCUGGAUUUGCCUCAUGUUGGCCAUAGUGACCUGUGACACCUCUUUGGGAAUACAUUCAUUUCCUCUCAACAGGGCUCAGUUAACAAUAUCCUUAUAUUUGUGUUCACAUGUACAAUAGGGGUUGCACGGCUGCUCAUUUCUUUUUCAAGAGAAAUUCAAUCAACAAAAUAAAUCAAGGGGAUUGUAGUGUUGAAUUUUAAGCUUCAUAAUUCGGAUUUCUUGUUUGAUCGUUGAAGACAAAAGGAGCAAAUGCUUUCUAUUUGAUGAGAUCUUUUACAGCUGCUAAAUGAUUUACCAAUGACUCACCAGUCCCUGAAAGAGCACAAACCAAGCCUUCAUACGGUCACCUCAGUGGUACAGUAAGAGUGGAGAAUCUAACAAAGGAUGUAGCAACAUUUUACAUAGUUGUGAGUAUACAGAAAUGUUUAGUUGAAGUCGAUAACUGAAGAUGUUGCACUUUAUUAUGAUUUUAAAACUGUUGGGUAGCGAAGGUCCAGUUGUCGUUCACGACCAUCUAAGCAGUUCCAACACAAUGAAAUCUGGAGCAUUUAUCCUUUAGUUUUAAUAAUUCGGCCAGGUGAGAACAAUGUCAUAACUUCCUUAAAAUACUGUACAAGUUAAGGCCUCAGUAUGCUUCAAACAAAUUAGAUCGUGCAAGCUGCUGUCUGACCGAGACUGUCCUCCAAGAAAUAUAAGUUUCAGUAAAUGUCUGCAUAAGACCUCUAACAGCUGCGCUAAUUAUGACUGUUGUCCACCGAGAGCUAAGAAAGUCUUAAUAUUAUAAAUUAUUAUUAUAUUAUUAUUAUAAACGACUUUAUAGAGUCCACAGAAGGAGAAGGUCAGGGUGGUUGAAUGGAUCAGCAAAAGAUUAGACUUUGACAUGCUGCCGUUUGCUUCUCAUUUCCUACCAACAAUUAACGUGACAUCAUUUAACCAUGACCAUGUUGCCUCAGGCUUUCUCAGGCUUUUUGAAUGCUGAAAACAGCAUUCAAAGAACUUCAAUGGCAUUGUUGUGUCAGAUUGUCCGAGACCCUACUUUCCACCAUUGGGGUCUCAGACACUGUUACACUAUGAAUACCUUGUUUGAAAUAUACUCAGGCCUUCAGUCCUCUUCCCAGUAAACUGUAGUGCAUUUUGUUGAAGAGAAGAAAUUACAAUAACCAUACCAACAACACUAAACAAUCCCUAAAUGCAAUUCCUAAUGGUUAUAAGGAGACAAAUGUUGGCAGUUGAAAGCCAUUAUGUCUGCUAAAAGGAUUUUAGAAUGACUGAUGCUCAACUGUAAAUUGGCAGGAUGACUGGUUAACAAAUGUCCAAUAAGCAAACCAGUGUAAUACAAAAAACAACUUUGCCUCCUCAAGUCUACGUUAAAAAUACUGAUCCCAUGUGUUUCUGUAUAGCCUAAUCAAUAUGAGACAAUGCUAGGUGUCAUAGCACCACCUACCUGGAUUACUCACUGAUGUUUCAGUGCAACCCCUAAUCUAUAGAGCUGCCUAGUUUUAUUGUAAUCCUGAGGUCAAGGCUCCCUGUGUGUUUCAUCCAUUCAGACCUCAAAAUAGCUUUUUUUUUUAUUUACAGUGUUAAAGAAACAGGAAGCUAAAUAAGACUAAAAUGCACUUAGAAAUUCCAUUAAAAUUGGUGAUGAAUCACAGGUACAAGGCCACAGUGUGGUUAUCAAUAAGCUGACCUUCUGUCUGUCGUCAAAAGGGAUUUUUACAGUCAAUGCUUUAUAGAACAGGAGUUUAGACUUCAAGGGUAAGAUGUGUCAAUACGUACAAUAAAAGUAUAACCGUGUAAUACCGGCAUUGAAUCUGAUUAGUCAGGUCGUGAAGAGGGUUAUGAAUUUAAAAGUAGAUCUUAUAUGCACCAGAUGAUUCAGAUGAUCUGUGGAUACUUUCAGCACAGAGGUGGAAACAUUCACAGUCACUGCACACUGAUUACACAGCCUUACUUUACUGUGUGGAAGGUAGAGAGCCUACUUGAUAGAGAGCAGCUGUAAUCAACAACAGAAUGAAGUUCAGUGGCUGACCCGCCUGGUGAAAAAUCACUUGUCAAACCACAACACCACCACAUGAUUGGGCAGCUCUAUGGUGUGUGUGUGUGUGUGUGUGUGUGUGUGUGUGUGUGUCUUAUUGUUUACACUACAGAAAGUUUCCCCAAAAAACUCGCCGGCAGCAUUUUUCAACUGUAAUGUGGCUGAAACAUGUACCUGCUGUUUGUCAAAAGGGCAGAAUUUUAAAAACGGAAAGUUUACGACAAAUAAUUAAAAAAAUGAUAUAUAUAUCAAAAGCAUGUAUUGUUUACAACAGCCUAUUGUUGCUGAAGUUCAAGUUUGCUGCUGAAAGGGUGUACACACCCUAUGCUAAAGUCACUGCGAUUGUUCAGUCGUGCAAUGCAAGCUUUGCUAAGAUGGGCUGGGGUGAGAAGGGCAGAAUUUUUGAUAUACUAGCCGUGUAUGUAUAUUGUUACUAUGUUGUUGCAUCUGUUGAGGGUUUCUUUUUUUAAAUGUAAGCAGCUCCACUAUAAAUAUAAUCGAACAGAAUGUACAUGUUUAACCCCUUCUAUUCCACAGUAAAUCCUCUGAGAAUGUACAGCUUAGCGCUCUGUGUUGUUGAUAUUGUUCAUGUCUCAAACUCUGUAUUUGGGCACACGUAUCUGGGAAUAGAGAUGGUUGAACUCACAGCCCAGGAGCAAACUAUACCAGAUCACUCAAGUCAGAUAUACAACUUUUACUUUUAACUCCUUCUAGCCUGUUGAAUUAUUGAUGUUUUUUCUUUCUUUUAAUAUUUUAUGUUAAGAAUUGAUACCACCAGUCCCUGUGCAGCCCUGGAAACCUACCAGUGGACCAGUAGUCUGGGAUGCAUGCCAUGUAUUUGUAAUUUUAUGAGUUUGAUCCCACAGUAUGACCUUUUCUGCAUGCCCCCUCCCCCCACACCCACCUUUCUUGGAAAUUUCCACCGUGCACUGACUGGUAACACAGAAUAUGCCAUACAAAUAGUCCUCACGUAACGUUCAGGAUUCCUGUCAGGCUUGCAAUUCAGCUAACAGCUUUUUAUCAUUACUUCACAUCACUGUAAGUGAUAGGCCGGCCCUGUUUGUUUUUAGGAGCAUGUUGAUUGUGUCAGCGUGACUGUUUUUAUAAUCACAUCAUUUUAACUCACUAAUUCCAGCUGGUGGAUUGUGACGAACAGCCCUAAUGUCCAUUUGUUAUAUUAUUUGACCCUUUUAACCCCUAGUUUUAUUGAUGAUAUAGUGUUAUUAGAACUAUUACAUUGCUUUCACACUACAUUCUAUUCAUUCUGAAGAAAAUUUGAUUUUGACAAAUGGUAUCACAUCUUCAAAGCUGGGGAAUUAAAUGUUUAAAUGCAGUACAUCAGCCCUCACUUCUCCGUUUAUUUUUUUAUUUUUUUUUUAACAGCCUCUUCAGCCACAUUGAUUUGUGAUGCACAAACUGGCUGUGAAACCUUGUUGGCUUCUCAAUAUAAUCCUUGACACAACGGUGAUCUCUCUCUCUCUCUCUCUCUGAUGAAUAUGUAAUGAAUACAACGACAUGUGAUUAUGAUUUUGUAAUCUGUCUGCCUUGCUGUAUGCAAGCUCAAUAUUAUGGAGGAAAAAAAAAAACACAAAUGCAUGUGUGUGUUCUUGGUUUUGUCAUGAGAUGACUUUGCCUCAUGUUUGAUACUGUUUUCUUUAUUAAAAAAAAACACACAAAAAAAAAACCACACGGCUGUGUAUGCUCUAAGAUUAUGCUAUGAGUCAGUCUUUCUUCUGGACAACAUUUUGUACCUUUGAACACUAUCGCAUUGCCUGUUUGGCUGCUGUAUUGACUAUCUGGAAGCGUGACUUGAUGUGAAUUAAAAUCUCUCCUUUGUU